UAUUUACGUGAAAGUAUUAUAGCGAACACAUGUUGUAAUUUGCAUGUCGUUCUAAUGAUUAAUCUGCGCCUCAUAUAUAUAUUAACAAUUUUUAACUUACCCGUGCCAAUGUCCUAUUGAUCGUCCGCGAGGCAAGAUCGCGGAAGCGUAAUGGCACGAUUUACUGUAAGUAUUUUACUGGUCCUGUCAAUCGGCAAUGUCUUGGGUACGCCGAUUUCGAGUGACGAUGGGCGAUUCUCUCUUAGCAUUUUGCACACAAACGAUAUGCACGCGAGGUUUGUGCAGACGUCCAAGAUGUCCUCAACCUGCUCCAAAUCGGAUGCUGCAGCUGGACAUUGUUACGGUGGUUUCGCCAGAGUGGCAACUGUCGUAAGGGAAGCUCGGAAUUCCAGUACACCAACACUUUUCCUAAACGCAGGUGACACUUAUCAGGGUACCGUAUGGUACAAUGCUCAUAAGUGGAAGAUAGUUGCCAGGUUCUUGAACAUUCUCAACCCAGACGCUGUUUCCCUAGGAAAUCAUGAGUUUGACGAUGGCAUCAGUGGUCUCAUACCCUUCAUCAACAAUGUGACGUUCCCCGUUCUGACUGCCAACCUGAAUCUAACUUUAGAACCUGAACUAGAAGCCACUAAACUCGCUAAGAGUACUAUACUAACUGUGAACGGAACUCAGAUCGGUGUCAUUGGAUAUCUCACUCCUGAUACAAAAAGCAUCUCCAAGACCGAAAAUGUCAUUUUCCUGGAUGAGGUAACCGCCGUUGCUGCGGAAGCCGCUAAACUUAAAGCUGAAGGAGUCAACAUCCUCAUUGCUCUUGGACAUUCCGGAUACUCAACUGACAAGAAAAUUGCUGCUGAAGUUGAAGACAUUGAUUUAGUCAUUGGAGGACAUACUAACACUUUCUUGUAUACUGGAGAGCAACCGGAUUCUGAGAUUCCUGAAGGAUAUUAUCCCACUGCCGUGACUCAGGCUAGUGGCAGAACGGUAUAUGUAGUUCAAGCUUAUGCUUAUACAAAAUAUGUUGGAAAUUUCUCGGUUGAAUUUGAUGCGGACGGUGAAGUUACGUUCAUUGAAGGAAAUCCCAUAUUGCUGAAUGGCAGCGUGGAACAGGCUGCAGAUGUUUUAGCAGAGUUGGAACUUUGGAAAGGAGCAGUAGAUAAUCUGACAACCACAGUAGUAGGUACUACUCGUGUUCUUCUCGAUGGGGACAGCAAGACCUGCCGAAGUCGAGAGUGCAAUUUGGGAAAUCUGAUAACGGAUGCCUACGUAGAAUAUGCAACUAGACAAUAUGCUGGCACUGAUGGAUGGACGAAUGCAGCCAUUGCUGUUCAACACAGUGGUGGAAUCAGAACCUCCAUUACCAGAGAUAAUGAUAAUCAGAUCACAAUGGCGGACGUUCUCGCGGUCUUCCCCUUUGAAAAUUCAGUUCUCAUGGUCAAGAUGACUGGCUCAUCUAUACGAUCAAUGCUAGAAUGGGCUGUAAGAACUCUUGAAAUUAAUUCCACGAGUGAUCUAGACGGUGCUUUCCUACAAUUUUCUGGACUGCAGGUGACCUAUGACCUGAGUCAACCUGAAAAUAGCAGAGUCGUUUCCGUCAAAGUCAGAUGCGCCGCCUGUGCUGUACCUCAGUACGAUUAUCUUGACGACAGUUCAACGUACAAUGUUAUCAUGCCUGCAUUCCUUUACCUAGGUGGUGACGGAUAUACAGCAUUCAAUGGUUUGGAGUAUGAAGAUCUUGGUGUCAUCGAGUCAGACAUAGUAGUCGAAUAUCUGAAGAGACAUAGCCCAGUUUACGCUGAUAUGGAAUGGAGAAUUAAUUUCCAAAAUACAGUAACUGAAGAUACCAACGAAAAUUCAGAAAGUGACUCACAUGAAAAUACUUCACAUAUACCAAAAUGGUUUCGAAAAAUAUUUAAGCUGCUGAAGUAUUUUAGGACAGAAAAAGAAUAAUAGUAAAAAUAUGCACCAGCAAUAUAAUUUCACACUAGUUCAAAGAUAAUUAAUUCCAUACUGCUAUGUAUAAAAUAACUCAAACAAUCUGUGACCUCGCUGGAAUAUCUGCAACUUAAAAAAAAAAGCUACAUAUAGACGCCUGAUGUCAAAAAGACGUCGUUUAGACAUAAGACGUCUAUGAUACGUCAAAAAGAACGACACAUGAGACCUUCUGAGCAUGUCUUACUGAUGUCUUCGUAAUUUGUGCUACCUGAAAAGAUGUCGCCAAAUUUUCUGUACCAAAGUUUUGCACGGUAUAGAUCACUUAAACAUCAGUAUAUAAGAUUUCUUGCUGUUGCUCGUUACUUCACAAAUUUCAAAUUUCACAUAAUACCACGUUCUAAAUCAAUGAAAAAUGAUAGAAAACAAAUAAAAAAUAAGAUCUUCUCCAAGAUUUAUUUUAAAGGUAUCCCCAUUUAGAUAUCGGGUAAGCAACAUUGAUCGGCCGUCGCGUAACGUAAUAUAUUCAGUGUUGUAAAUUAGAUAUCCAUGCAAUAUCUUAGCAAUGUUCAUCGUGAUUUAUAACUUUAGGUGAACGUUUAAAGCAGCUUUUAGAUCUUUCAUAGUUAUUUAUUGCUGCUUAAGAUAUGUCUGAAUAGGAUUAAUCUUCUACCAUCAAAUAACAGAUCCUUCUUACAGUCUACGCUAUACAUCGUAAUUAAUGAAGAUUAAUAUACGCAACUCUCAAAUCAUAUUCGGCUCAGUUCCGUUGUUUCAGGAUGAAGCCUAAAUCCUUAGAAAAACUUUUCACAAUUAUACUAUUUACAUAAAAGUAUUAUAGCGAA